AUGGCUUCCCUCUCUCAACUCUUGGUUUUGCUCGCAGCCAUUCAGCCCAUCUUGGCUGCGCCUGUCGUCCAAGCUGUCGGCAGUGUCCAGGCACGAGGCCUGUCACCCGACAACGACGUCGAUGCCGCGGAGCUGCGCUCAUACUGGCCUCGCAAUGCGGCUCCUGAAAACGAUGUCGAUGCCGCCGAGCUACGAUCCUACUGGCCGCGUGAGGUAUCCACGGAAUAA